AACCCUCAGUGUUUAUUGGUUUGCCUCUGUGGCUUGCGCUAAUUCUCCGAGAGGUUAACUACUCUGCGUUUGUGUUUCAUACUAGUUAAGCGGUAUUCCAAACUUUCCCUAAUGCCAGCUCCAAAGCGGUUGCGAGAGUUGGUAAGAGACAUUAGAUCUGCACGGACAGCUGCAGAAGAACGGGCGAUUGUUAAUCGGGAGUGUGCGUUAAUUAGAGAUAGUUUUCGGGAAGAAAAUAAUACUUACAGAUGUCGUAACGUUGCUAAAUUAUUAUAUAUUCACAUGUUGGGUUACCCAGCUCAUUUUGGUCAGCUUGAAUGUUUAAAACUAGUUGCCUCUCCACGUUUUACUGAUAAAAGAGUUGGUUAUUUGGGCGCUAUGCUCCUGCUCGAUGAACGGACAGAUGUACAUCUUCUGGUUACAAAUUCUCUAAAAAACGAUUUAAAUCAUCCAACCACGUAUGUUGUUAGUUUGGCUCUUUGCACUUUGGGAAGCAUAUGUUCCGCUGAAAUGAGUAGAGAUUUAGCUGGAGAAGUUGAACGACUCAUAAGAUCAUCAAAUGCGUACAUAAAAAAGAAGGCGGCAUUAUGUGCCUUUCAAAUCAUUCGAAAGGUACCUGAUCUCAUGGAAAUGUUUAUACCGUGUACACGUUCUCUUCUGUCUGAGAAAAAUCAUGGAGUUUUAUUGGCGACCAUUUGUUUAAUCCAAGAAAUGUGUGAACGCAGUCCAGAUACUUUGAAUUAUUUUCGUAAGCAAUUAGUCCCAACACUAGUACGUACAUUAAAGAAUCUCAUCAUGACAGGUUAUUCUCCUGAUCAUGACGUUAAUAAAAUAAGUGAUCCAUUUCUACAGGUGAAAAUACUACGGCUUAUGCGUGUUCUCGGUCAUGGUGAUAAAACUGCUAGUGAGGCAAUGAAUGAUAUUCUAGCUCAAGUGGCUACAAAUACUGAAACGAGCAAAAAUGUUGGUCAUGCAAUUCUCUAUGAAAUUGUAUUAACGAUAAUGGGAAUAGAAUCAGAUCCAGGAUUACGAGUUCUUGCUAUAAACAUUUUGGGCCGGUUUCUACUAAACACGGACAAAGACAUUCGCUACGUCGCCCUCAAUACUUUGUUGAGAGUUGUGCACGCUGAUUCCAAAGCUGUACAGAGACACAGAUUAACAAUAUUGGACUGUUUGAAGGAUCUUGAUGUUUCAAUACAAAGGCGUGCUAUCGAUUUAUGUUUUGCAUUAACAAAUCAUACGAAUGUAUGUGCGAUGGCCAAGGAACUUCUGCUUUAUUUACAAAGUUGUGAUAAUGAGUUCAAAGGCGAUGUUUGUUCAAAUAUUUCGAUAGCAGCGGAGAAAUAUGCUCCAAAUAAGAGAUGGCAUGUAGACACUAUGAUGAAAUUGCUAACCACUGCUGGGAACUAUGCACGAGAUGACGUUGUAUCAUCAUUAGUUAGCUUGAUUUCUCAAAAUCCUGAUCUACACGCCUAUGCUACGUUUCAGCUUUUCAAUGCUAUGAAAGGAGCCAUGUCUCAACAACCUUUGGUUCAGGUUGCGUGUUGGACAAUCGGGGAGUAUGGUGAUUUGUUGGUUUCGCCAGAACCUUCUGAAGAUAUUCCAAAUCCAGUUACUGAAUUAGAAUUGAUCACUGUGUUACAACGUGCUCUAGUUAGUGCGACCUCAACAGUACAAACAAAACAAAUGAUUAUAAACUCACUAGUUAAACUAACCACACGUUUUACUCCGACACAUUUAGAGAAACUAAAUGAACUCAUAAGAUUUUAUUCGACUAAUGUUAAUCUUGAGUUGCAACAACGAUCUGUUGAAUACAGUAAAAUUUGUUCACAACCUAUCAGUAUUCGUAGUGGUUUACUUGAUUGCAUGCCUGUACUACCGGCAAACGCUUUAUCUGGAACUUCGAAUCCAGAUAAUUUGAGUCGUACCGUUGACGAGAGUGAUGGUACUGAAACUGGAGAAGUAAAUACUGGAGUUCCAAAAAGUCUUUCUAUUAAUGGCUCAACUAAUCAAUCUCAGUCGCUUACGAUUUUCGAUUUAUUGGGUCCAGAAGGUGAAUCUGAUUCUCAUACAACUCACAAUGCAGCCGUUAAUCAUUCUGAUAUCGGGACUAAUUUACUAGAUCUUCUCGAUGUAUUUGCGCCGUCCGGAACGACAGUGCCUAGCAACACCCAAAACACUCCAGGAUUUUCAAGUGAUUUAUUUGGCAUUCAAAAUGGCUUUGGCGCUCCUACUAUUCAACCUGCCCCACAACCUUCUGUUUUGGACCUUAAUUUUGUCAAUGAUUCUGGUCCAGGUUCGACAAAUCAAGUUCCAUCAGCUCCUUCCAUCACGAUAUACAAUUCGAAUGAUAUUAAAAUUGUAUUCAACUUCAUGUCUUCUGGUGUAUUGGAUGGUCGUUUUAACAUAAUUACAAUCCAGUUGGUAGCAACUACCACAAGUCUCCAGCCAAUUAAUUCUUUUGAAUUCCAAGCUGCUGUACCCAAAUCUUGUCAGCUACAGCUUUUCCCACCAUCAUCUAAUUCUAUUCUAUGUGAUCCAAACUCUGUCCCUCUAACCCAAAUGUUGAAGCUUAGCGUUCCUCCAAAGGUACGUCCACGGAUGAAGAUCCGUUUGCAGUUUGUUAAAAAUGGUGAGACAAAAACUGACGAAUUACAGCUCGAUGACUUCCCUCAAGUAUUGUGGCAGUAAUAAUAGAAGAAUUCUGUGUGAACUAUACAAAACCGUUUCUCAACUUUUAUGUCUAACUCAGAGCAAAUCUGGAGUUAGUUUUAUUUUGGCUGUGCUUGAUCGUGUAUUUAUGCGAUAAUCAUUAACUUUCUUUUUUUAUUUAUAUAAAAUGUUGUGUGCACUCAAGACUGUUUACUAAAAUUGCCACAGUGCCUCCGUUGUUUCUUCUUAUUUGGCUUGUUAAUAAUUCCCGACCAGCUGGAUGUUUUAAUUUCUUGUGAUUCUAAUAUUUUAUAUCGUUUCGGCAGUGGUAACAAACGAACUCGAUGUGCAAAUUUUUUUAAUGUCAUGUUACUUUGAACGUUGGAGUAUAUUUGAUUUGAUUAUGUCAAAAUCUCAUGUUUAUUCAUCGUGUUUAAGUUUACUUCGGAUCAGAAGUUUUUUAUUUGAAUAGGUAUACGUACAAUCAAUAUUUCAACAUUCCCACUGGAGUCAUGAUCAUGUAUAACUGACUGUUUCUCUCAGUCAAUUAAUGGUUGACUGGUCGAUUUUUUUCUGACACAUUGGUUUUAAUUUGAAUCCAAUUAGAAUUCCCUUCAUUAUCAGUUAGCAACUCUCAAAAACUCUGAUUGUGUUGACUGCCAAACUUUUUCACUAGUAAUGAAACUUUCUUUUAUGCACUAUUAAUAUUGUGAAAUCUCCGUAAUAUUUUAUUUUUUUUCUGUAAUGUGAUUAUCCUGUUCAUUAUUCGACAAAUUAAUUGGUUUAAAAGAGGAUAUUGUUAUAAAACGUAAAGUUUUCAAUAGGUAUUCAUUGGAUUUUAGCACCUACAUUCUUUACAAGUAAUUACACCUUAUAUUUAUAAGUUUCUGCUUGAAUAAUAAU